UAAAGCGGUAGUCCAGCGAGGGGCUACGGGGAGUCAGGUUUCAGUGUGUUUGAGUCCUGACGAGGACUGAGGCUGCCUUUGUCUCAUUUGGAACUGCGGGCAGUCGAGGGGAAAUAGGACGGAGAAAGUGAGUGGAGCUGAAGGGGGCUGAGCUGUCGUAAGCGAGAAAGUGAGUGAGAGGCAGCAGAGAGCGGGGCUCCAUCGCGUCUCACCGCUAACUCGUGUCAACAAGAAGACCACCACUUCCUUGAGGAUUUACUAUCACUUUGCAAGCAUGAUGGCCCGUGUCAGUCUGUGGUCCUUCGCGCUCUUCCUGUGGUAUUGCCAACCGACGACUGCAUUCCUGGAAGAGCGGGGCACCAGUGGCCAGCUGGACCUGACGGAGCUGAUCGGCGUACCCCUUCCCCCGGCUGUGGCCUUCAUCACAGGCUUCGAAGGCUUCCCCGCCUACAGCUUCAGCCCCGGCGCCAACGUGGGCCGCCUGGCCCGCACCUUUGUUCCCGACCCCUUCUUCCGUGACUUCGCCAUCGUGGUCACCGCCAAGCCCACCACGAAGAAUGGCGGCGUGCUGUUCGCCAUCACCGACGCCAUGCAGAAGGUGGUGCACCUGGGCGUGGAGCUGGCGGCGGUGGAGGACGGCUCGCAGCGGGUGGUGCUGUACUACACGGAGCCCGGCGCGGGCGACACACAGGAGGCGGCGUCCUUCAAGAUGGCGGAGCUGACGGGGAGGUGGGCACGCUUCACGCUGGCCGUGCAGGGGCACGAGGUGCGGCUCUACAUGGACUGCGAGGAGCACCAUCGCGUGGCGUUCCAGAGAGGGGACGGGCGGCUCACCUUCGAGCCCAGCUCGGGGAUCUUUGUCGGCAGCGCGGGUAACACUGGCCUGGAGCCCUUUGUGGGCUCCAUCCAGCAGCUGGUCCUGACCCCUGACACCCAGGCCCCUGACGACCAGUGUGAGGAGGACGACCCCUAUGCAUCAGGCUAUGGAAGUGGGGACGACCUUGAUGACACUGAGACCAUGGACGAGGUCAAGAAGCUCGUGGAGGAGAGGGAAUACACUAUGCCUGAUGACCUGCUGUCCACGCCCGUCCAGGCCCCUCCCACGGCCACUGAGGCGUCCUCUGAUGAUGAGGACCUGGAGGAGGAGGCCUCUGGUCAGCCCAUCGACCUGCCUGACGAGAGGGUUCACCACCUGCCCAAAGCCACAACCACGGAGCCCACUGCCAGACAGGACACAGGUCGCAGACAAACCAAUCUGCCACAGAUGCGACCUGUCCUGAAGGGGGAGAAGGGAGACCCGGGUCCCGCGGGCCGCCCCGGACCCCCAGGGCCCCCCGGCCGCUCCAGCCCAGGAUCAGGCUCCGGCGCUGGGGGAGCAGGAGAGCCCGGACCCCGGGGCCCACAGGGACCUGCAGGGCCAACAGGGACCCCCGGAACUCCUGGCAAAAACGGAGAGCCUGGUGCACGCGGCAAAGAUGGUGAAGCUGGCCAGGCAGGGCCCCAAGGAUUCCCUGGUCUCCCAGGAGAUGCUGGACCCAAAGGAGACAAGGGCGAGGCUGGUGUUGGACUUCCUGGCCCCCCCGGACCUCCCGGCCCCCCAGGGAAAGCAGCGACCGUCAGAUAUGUGGAGGGUAUGGAGGGAUCUGGAUUUGAGGACUUUGACAGUGACACAGAAGGAAUCAGAUGUCCUCCAGGACCUCCAGGGCCCCCAGGGAAGCCCGGCCCUCCUGGCCCACCUCAGGCCUCUCAGCCUGGGCAGACAGGGCCACCCGGCGCCCCUGGGAAAGACGGCAAGGACGGGGCGAUGGGGAAACCUGGCAUGCUGGGUCCGGACGGCCGUCCUGGUGAGGCUGGAGCUAAGGGAGGGAAGGGUGACCAGGGUUCACCUGGACUUCCAGGGCUGAAGGGUGACCCGGGCCAGAGUGGUUCCGCUGGUCUCCCAGGCCCUGCUGGUCCCCAGGGGCCGAGUGGACCCGCCGGGCCACCAGGACCUCCCGGGCCCCCAGGCCCCCCCGCACGCGGCUUCAAGUUCAACAUGGACGACUUUGAUGGCUCUGGGGAUAUGAGCGGUAUGGGAGCCAUGCUGCCUAGAGGUCCACCAGGACUUCCUGGUCAGCCAGGUAUCAUCGGGCAGAAGGGAGACUCAGGUCCUGAGGGAAAACCUGGACUUUCUGUGAAGGGGGAGCAGGGUGAAAAGGGAGCCGUGGGCGAAGCUGGAAUACCUGGACUACCUGGAGCAAAGGGUCAACUGGGUGACAAAGGGGAUCGUGGACUAAAGGGUGAACCCGGCAGAGAUGGUCUUGGUCUCGUUGGCCCACCAGGCCCACCCGGACCCCCAGGACCCAUCAUCAACCUUCAGGAGCUAAUGCUGAAUGACACCGAUGGAUUCUUCAACUUCUCAGGGAUUAUGGACUCGCAAGGGCCCUUGGGGCCACGGGGGCCAAAAGGAGACCUUGGAUUUCCUGGGGUUCAAGGGCCUCCAGGUCUUAAGGGCCAGAAAGGGGAACCAGGUAUCACUAUGGCAGCUGAUGGAUCUUUAAUAGCAGGACCACAAGGACCUAAAGGACUCAAGGGCGACUCGGGUGCUCCGGGACCAAUGGGAGACACAGGCCCUAUCGGACCUAUCGGACCUAAAGGAGAAUUCGGCCUACCAGGACGACCAGGUCGCCCUGGCAUGAAUGGACUGAAAGGAGAAAAGGGAGAAACAAUACUUGUAACGGGUCCUAAAGGUGAAUCUGUUAUGGGCCCCAGGGGUCCCCCUGGGCAUCCUGGCCCACCUGGGCCCCCUGGCUUUGGGAGAGACGGACCGGCUGGACCCCCCGGGCCUCCAGGACCAAGGGGUCCUCCAGGCUACGGUUCUGCCAUGGCUAUUCCAGGCCCACCAGGUCCUCCCGGCCCCAAGGGGUCUCCAGGCAGCUCAGGAGGCUCUCCAGCGAUUAAGACAUACCCCACUCUUCAGUCCUUGACUCAGAGAUCUCACUUGGAUCUCGACGGAACGAUGUACUUUGUGACGAACACAGGAAGCCUAUACCUCAAGGUCCCUGGCGGCUGGAAGGAAAUUCAGCUGGGAAAGCUGCUGGAGGUUCAGUCUCCCUUGAUUGUCCCACAGGACGAGGCUCGUCCGCCUCAUCGGCCUCAGAGUCCCGGCCUGAGCAGCGUGCCCCAGAUCUACGAUGGCCAGGCGCUGAAGCUGGUGGCUCUGAACACGCCCCUGUCGGGCAACAUGGGUUCCCUGGCGGCAGCUGACCAGGCGUGCAGGGCGCAAGCCCAGGCCAUGGGCAUCAGGGACCAGUACCGAGCCUUCCUCUCCAACCACCUGCAGGACCUGGUGGACAUCUUACACCCCCAGUACCGACGCAACCUACCCAUCGUCAACCUCAGGGGUGACGUCCUAUUUGAUAACUUCGAGCACAUCUUCACCAAGAACAGUGCUCUUCCACACGGCAUUCCCCUCUUCUCCUUCGAUGGACGGGACGUCAUGAGCGAUCCCUUCUGGCCCCAGAAGGCCAUCUGGCACGGCUCGUCGGCGCAGGGCCGGCGUCUGCAGGAGCGGACGUGUGAGUCCUGGCGGGCGGGCGACAUGGCCAUGGUGGGCCAGGCCUCCUUCCUCUACUCGGGCCUGCUGACGCAGCAGAGCCGCAGCUGCUCCAACCAGUUUGUGGUGCUGUGCUUGGAGAGCAGCCCCGAGCCCCCCGCCAGCACCAGCACCAACUACCAGGAGGCCCGGCGGGGCACGCGCUACUCCUACUACUACUACAGGAACCCGCUCAGCCCACGACGGACCUGAGUGCAGUGGAGUGGAGUGGCUAACUAACUAACUUAUAUGCACACAUAUACACAGUACAUACACACACAUCCAUUGAUACAUGCACGCAGACGCACACACUCAGAUGUUGAGACACACACACACACACACACACUCCUCUUCUGCCUUCUGCCAAUGCAUCAUUUGCCACCUUACUUACCUGUAUCAUCGCCAUCACCCUCAUCAUCAUCAUCAUCAUCACCCUCACCAUCAUCGUCCUUGGCAACAGCUUCAAAGCAUUCCGGAAAAGGUGUAUAUAUAUGUGUGUAAAAUGUACUGAACUCCAUCAUUACACCCUGACCUUUGAACCCAUGACGUCACAUCACGCCACAAAAACCAUCCUUCGCUGUCGGUUCAGUGUGUGUGCAUGUGUGAGCUGCCGAGAUGGUGCUAUGAAAAAAACAAAAGUGGUUUGUGGAGAAAUCAAAACAAAAGAAACGCCUUAGAAGUUGCCGAGAGUCUCGCAUUCAAGUACAGCUCUACGGACUCUGCUCUGUGCGAUACAUUGCCCUCUUCAAGGUCAAGAACUUCUAUGUCUCGGUUUUAUUACAUUUGUUUCUUCUUUCGUGUCUUGUUUUCCACCUUCUGGUCCAUGGUUUUGUCCCCAUUGUUCAUCAAAGAGGGCUUUAUUCACUCACCCUUGACAAGAAUUGCCAGAAUAGCCCAGUCAACAACCCUAUUCCAACCAAAAAGUCAUUUUUAUGCACUGUAGUUUUCCUUUUUUUUAUACUGUUUGUUGUUCUCCAUAAAGUCCUUUUUUACAUCCAGAAUUAACUUUUUUACGAGCAACCAAGAUUUUCUCUCAGUAUUUAAUUUAAUUCCAAUGUUUUAUUAUUUAUACCGUGACCGCACAUAAUCUGAAUGUCAAAUGAUUUUUUUAGGGUGAUUAUGUAAUUUAUAGUUCAACGUGCUCCAUUUUUGCCUUCUCUUGUCGAUUUCUUGAUUUUUUUUGUUUUUGUACAGCAUUGGUUUCGAUUUAAUCAGAUUGACCUUUUUUAAUUUAAUUAAAUGACAUGACUGCAUUUGUUUCAAAGAUUCCUCCCACAAAUUAUGAAUUCAAAGAGAAAGAUAGCGAAAAAAAAAUGGAUUGCUCUCUAUUUUUAAUGCAAAAGAGUAUUUAACAACAUAUGAGAGGGAGUUUAUGUUUUAUACAUCAACUAGUGCCUGUUGAAUAAAUGUCUUUUUUCCAGAA